ACUAUGCUUUUGUUUCACAGGUUACUUUUUAGCUUUCAUUUCAUUUGGUUACAAUAAUGUUUAAGUAUUUUUUUUGUUCUUAAAUGGGUAUUGUUUAUUUUUUGUUCUAUGUUUUAAAUUUUAAGUAUUUUUUUCAGUAUGUUAAUUGCUUCCUCUUGCAAUGAUGAUAAUUGUUGGUUAUAUCAAUUUUGGGUGAAUUCAACUGUUUAACUAUCAAUUCAUAUUUCUUAACUUUAGCAUUAUUAUAUCAUGAUGAUGAAUUUAUACUAUGUAGUUUAGUUUUAGGGUUUAACUUCAAAUUUGAGAUCUUUGAUGCUGUUCAGUAUCUAUUCUAGCUACGGAUCUUGAAAAAAACAGUUACACACAAUUAAUUUGAGUUAUUUUCCCUAAUUUAGUUUUUUAUACAUCUAAAUGAUGGAAAUUGUGAUUACUAAUCUGAACCUAGGAAAAUUUAUAUAAUGCUUUGAAAUUGCAACUUAUGAGAGUUAUGUAAUUGAUCUGUGCACUGCUUUAACUAGAUGUUUCUUUCGAGAAAUGUUUGGAUUAGAUUGUGCUGAGAAUGACUCAUUCGUGGUUAAGUGGGAAGAUGCUCAAGUUGAGCUGAAAGCCCAACGAGAGUGCAUUCCCUUUUGGGUUUGGCCCAUUUGUAUGUUGGGUUUUGACUAGGAGGGUUGGUGGUUAAACUUCUAAUCUGGACCCUAAGCAUUGGCUGCUGGAGAUGUUGGCGCAGUUGGCUAAACUCCGUGAUCAAUUGUUGUAUUCUUGUAAUUGAGAUAUUUCAAAUGCAAUGAAGGCUAGGUGUAUCUCAUUCUUUCCUUGAUCUUCCGAUGGCACUAACAACAAACAAAGUUUCAAGCGGUCCUAUCUUGACCAACAGAACAACACUUUGUAGAUUAAAUGGAGACCACUAUUUUUCCUCAUCCGCAAGGAUCAAUAGAAUACAGUUUUCAAGAGUUAGACUUGAACAGGGCAAUCUGAACAAUGGAGUUUUCCUCAAUGAGAGAUCAACCUUAUUCAAUGACUGGUUUCGGUCCGUAAAUGGAAAACCAGUUAGUUUAAUCUCCAAGACAUCUUCUGUCUCAUGUAAAUCAACAGGAGCAAAUAAUACUGAAGAGAAAGAAUGUGUUACAACUUAUGAUGAUGUUUCUGAUUUAACUAGAAGACAUGCCGAAAAUGAGAAAAAUGAUCGUGCUCGUUCUGUUCGUGGCUUGGCUGAAGCAUAUAGAUUUGCCUGUAAUGAUGCAAAGUUUCUCUCGCGUGGCAUAAUGAGGAUGGAUGAGCGUGCACGCCAAGAUGUUGCUCUUCUAGGCACAGAAUUUCUCAAACUUGAUGCCCGGGCAAGAAAGGAUACUGAGAAAAUUGAUCGUGGUGUCAAGGAAAAAGCUAAGCGCCUUAAUCGUAUUGCUACUAUAUUGAAGGAUAUAGCGCAGUCUAGAUUGAAAAGUGCCGCCGAUGAGCACUGGAGCGAUGGGGCCUUGGAGGCUGAUUUACGCCUUGCUGACUUCCGUGCCAAGCAACGUGCCAUGGAAGACGCCCUUAUGUCCUUGGAGCUGAUCAAAAACAUCCAUGACAUGAUGGUGAGCAAGACAUAUAACUUUCCUAUUUUCAGAAAUAAAGGAUCUCUUUCAGAAAAUAAUGUCAGAGGUCGAAUCAUGCUUGAAAAGAAUGGAAAAACCACAAAUUCCUUUCCGGGGGAUGUGACGGCAGAACGGAUUACCGCUCUUCAGGAAGCUUACUGGAGUAUGGCAUCAGCACUUUCUGAAGCAGAUGGAAUUGAUUACACUGAUCCUGAAGAGCUCGAGUUGUUGAUCACAACUCUUAUAGACCUUGAUGCAAUGGAUGGUAAACACAGUGUAUCUUUGUUGGCUGAGUGUUCUAGUUCCCCUGAUGUCGGUACUAGACGAGCUUUAGCCAAGGCACUGGCAUCGGCACCAUCUAUGUGGACUCUUGGAAAUGCAGGGAUGGGGGCAUUACAGAGGCUGGCGGAGGAUAGUAACCCAGCUAUUGCAGCUGCAGCAUCGAAAGCUAUUUAUGAACUGAAAAAGCAAUGGGAAAUCGAAGAAGGAGAUAGCUGGAGGUUUAUGAUGGAUGAAAGCACCAAGGAAGAAAAUGAAAGUUGAAAAUCAAAUAAUUAAGAUACCAAUUUGAGAAACAAUUAAAAAAUUUACACUGUACAGCAUGAAUGUCUCCCUAGGAUUCAAACUAGUGUAGGAUUAACGGAUCCAGAUUGGCUGCAGUAACAAAAUGCUGCAGUCACUAUAGUCGGUAAACAUCGAUUUUUAGAUGGAGAUUGGACGGUUUGUGUUUUAACUACUAAAAUCUGAUCACAAUAUAAUUUAGAAUUGUAACCAUCCAAUCUUCAAUGUACGACCGAGAUGACAACUGCAGGAAAUGUUGACUGCAUGCAAUCCAUUUCCAGGAUUAACCAAUAUGAUCACUGGAAAGUUAUUAUUGCUUGUGUAAGAUGCCAAUAUGCUGGUUAUAUGCAUUAUUUCCUCAUAUAUAGAUGCAUAUUUGUAACUAUACUUGUUGUAAUAUAAGAACUUUCCUAAAUAAGUUGCUCAACAGCUAUGCUUUUA